AUCACGAUCACAAUAUUUUUCGCGAUGAUGAAAGAGUAACUUGGUGAGUUUAUGGAAGAAAGUGAAAGUUAACAUUUUCCUUACAAAGGAAGUGGGAGACCAGAAUCUUUUGAAUUAUACUAAAAGAAGUUCUUGUCGUUAAAAAUGGUUGUUUUACUGUCUAAAAAUUAGUAACUGCUAGCUGUCCUUCCAUUUUUGGUGAAAUUAUCAUGGGUGAAUCAAUGAGUAAAUUUGUUUCUCAGUAUGCUCCUGUAAGUGUAACUGAGGCCUAUAAUAGAAUUAGCCAUAAACGAAAAAGGAUGUCUUCUCUUGAGGAAGAAGAUGAAACAAACUUAGAAGAAUCCCUUCACUCUCCAAAAAAACGUAAGCUCACCUGCACAACUCAGUAUAUAUACAAGGCAUUGUUUGUUGAUGGAAGAAAUAGUGAUGUUGUUGUGGAUGCUCUUGGAAAGGAGUGGAGACUUCAUAAGGUUUAUUUGACUCAGAGUCCAUACUUUCAAAGUAUGUUUUCUGGUUCCUGGAAAGAGACAGACAACAAAUACAUCAGGAUAGAGAUAGCAGAUCCCAACAUAACACUAGACUCACUAAAGGUGGUGCUUGGCUCACUGUACCAGGACGAGGUGUCUAUUGAGCCAGCUGACGUGGUGGGGGUGUUGGCGGCUGCUACAAUGUUUCAGUUGGACGGACUGAUAGACCAAUGUCUCUGCAUCAUGGUGGAGACCAUCAGUCCUCUUACGGCCACUAGCUACUACGAGGCGGCCAGUCAAUACGGGCUGCAGCGCAUCAGACAUGCCACCGUCAAGUGGUUCCUGACCAACCUCAUGACCUACUACCCUUCCCACGCCAAACGCCUGCGACAGAUUGAGCCAGACCUGAUGGCAGUUCUGGUGCAAGACAAGGACCUGGUGGUGGUACAGACAGAGUUUUGUCUCUACUGGUUGCUCAGAUUCUGGGUGUUCUUGAGGCUACAUCCACACUGGACCCAUGAUGAGGACGGCUGCACAGGAUCAGACUCCAAACAAGUCACUGAGUUCUUCCAUCAACGACCAGAUAAAUCAGCCUUCCUGGUGAGUCCUGAAGGCAAGGACUACCUGAGAGUGUUCCAAGGUCUACACAUUGGCUCACUGAUCACCCAAGUACAGGACCUGCGGACACUGACAACAGACAGGAUACUGCCUGAGGUCUGGCUCUACCCUGUACUGACAGACCAGUGGGCCAGUCUGCUAUGCUUGGACAGUGGCAAGGACAGAGGACCCGAGAAAGAGCGGAUUGGGAUGGAGAAAUUUUUUUCAUCUUGUGUUCGGUGUGGCCGUGUGUUGGAGAGCAAGGACAAUCACACGUGGAAGUGGAAGGUGUUCAACUUUGGGCUGGACCUCGUCUGGUCAACCUUUAACAACAUGUUGACAGUGCGUCGAGCCAGUGAUGAUGCUCCACUCAGCUACAAUGGCAUACGCAAUGUCAUGCUAAGGGUGACUCUGGCAACCCUGGACAAGCAGAGACAGACAAAGCUGAGCCAGUCAUCAGGUGUUAUCUCUGUUAUGUUGGUCCGCAACCAUGAGGUCAAGGUGAUGGAUCUGUGUCCAGACUUUGACUAUCCUCUGAUAGUCAGUGUCUGUCUUUUGUCUGUCACACCUCAACCUUCCACGUCGACCUCUGUCUGACACAUACAACAUAAUCUGCCAACCAUUGUGUUUAAAGAAAAUAUGUAUUAUUUUGGGUUAUGAAGAAACAAGCAAAUUAACAUUUAUUUUGUGUAAUACACGACUAAUUUGUAUGUGGCUUUAAUUUCAGUUUAAUGUUUUUAACAAGUAAUGAGCUUUUCUUUGGACUUUAACAGAUUACUUGUUUGGUACUGAGUGCAAAGAUGUUUAAUUUGUUUGUGAUAUAACAUAAUGGUAGCUGCAUUCUGUUAUUAUAAAACUCACAAAAGAAUUUUUUUAUUUGUAAACUAAAAUUUAACAAGAGGUUAAGAUAACAGGAUAACGUCUUGACAUUUUGAGUAUUUUCCUAACACCAAGUUGUAUUUAUAGUUAGGCUAACUAAAAAUCAAGUAAGUUAUAAUAAACUGAGUUUAGUUUAAAUAUUUAGCUCCUACUUGAAAUGCUGAGAGGACCAUGAAGUAAAUGAUCUCUGAUUAUCAUUAAAACUACUAACUUAGAAGAAAUCGCAUACUGUAGCACAGCACGGUACCAAAAGAUUAUGUUCAAGAUUUAACAUGCAAUCAAAUGAGACAGGAAGAGGAAAGUAGUGUGUACCUCCAGUUGUACCAGAGGAUAUUUCUGAGUGCAAAUUACAUGGGUAGAUCUUGGUUUGUCACGCCUAGGUGUAGCCUACAACAGUUAGCAUCUAGGCGGAUGAGUAGCUAUGAUGAUCCACCCUCUUCUAACUCCACCAGCACUUUUCAUCUUCUUUCCCUAUACAAAGCUUAGUACACCAUGGAUCCAUCAGUGUAGUUUGUUUUGACUAAAUAUAUCAGAUAAAAGAUCCCUCAUUGAUGUGUGAUCACUCAAAGAAGAACAAUAUGUAGAACUGGUGUUGGUAGAUGUGACAGGUGAGGCGACCAAUUGCAUUUUCAAUGAAAAACUAAUCCCCGCAUUCUGUACUAAAGCACACGGUGUUACUGAAAUUGCUUUUCUAUUCCCACCCCCCAAAUCUACUAAACACAAACUCUACCAGUUUUUUUUUACGAUUGACUCUGGUGAUUUGAGGGGACGCAAUCGUAUCAAACCAUUUAAAAAGAAAAGUGUAAUACUGGUGCUGCAUAUCUUGUUACAACAUAUUGUUGUGUUAAGCACACAUUGUGUAUAGAUGGGGAGGAUAACGAAAUGUUGAAGGCUGGAACUGUAACACAUAAUAUGAAGGUGUUUUAUUUUAGUUCAAGCCUCUCAGCUUCAAAAAUCCUGCUCUAAAUAUCCCUUCUACUUAAAAUUACUCCUAGCUCAGGAACAAUGUUUGAUUUUGUUUUAUAUUAAUCGUGUACUUUAUGAUUUGGAUGAUAAAUCAUGAUAUUGUUACCUGUGAUCAACUAAUCAUUACUUAUGACUGUUUUCUGUUAAUGAACAGAGUUAACUUCCUUUUUCAUUCCUCAUGUUUUUCAGUAAUUUAAGUGCCAACAAUUAAAACUUGUUAUAAAUAAGGUUACCAUUGUAGUAAUAAUAAGAGUAGUAAUAAUGUUAUAUUUAUACGACAGUCCUACACAUUAUUUUAAUUUUCAUCAUGGUAGCUCGCAAUAACUGCAUGUGUUCAUAAGUGAUUAAAUAAUGUAUUGUGUUCAAUAUUUCUUCUAAACAUUCAUGUUUUUGGGGUUUAUAAUAAAUUAUAGAUGGGAAAAUUUAGGAAAUUUUUAACUUAGGGGUAUAUUUUUUUGUCUUUUUAUGUAAAUUUAAAGUAUUUUGUUUCCAACAUUUGUAAUGUGUCAUAAAUAUUUUCAUUCCGUUAUGUGUUAAGUAAUUAUAUUUUAAUUUUGCAUCCUUUUAUACAUUUAAUUUAAUAGAUAUCAAGUGAUAAACAUUGCUCCAAUGUUGAGUAUAUAGAACUUUUUCCAUACAAACUUUCACAUUUUCAUUAAAAUAAAUUUACUAUCCAUCAUUACAACUCAUUAAAAACCAAAACCUUUAGAACAUGGCAGUAACUAUUGUUUUGUGUUUAAACGUCAACCUUUCAACAUGAGUCAAUCUUCAGAACAUAUAAGUAUCAUCAUCCCUUUAACAGUCAUUAUGUUCAAGAUUCUGCUGCUUUUGCUUCCUUUUGUAUUUAACCAUUCUUUUUUUAAAUAACAUAAUUUAACCUCUACUUUGUAUACAACCUUCAUUGGAUACAAGAGCUUUUCUUCAACCUGGCAAAAUAUCUUCAAUAUAAGUAAAUGUUAGAUUUAUGAAAAAAUCAACAGGUUUAAAAGUACUGAAUGUUUAUUUUACCAAAGAUUACACAUGCUAUGUAAAUUGCGUACCAUGUGUAAUCUUUGAUUUUACUAUGUAGGUAGUGUAUGGAACUUGUUGCAGUUGCUGUCUGAUUAUCUUUGGCUACUGCUAUAGUAGGCAUAUCAUCCUAUUAUAAUCGGACAUUGUUUUGGUGUAACACACUCAGUAUGUUGAUGUUCACCAAACAUUUCUCUCAAGAGUAAAUAUUACGGGUGCACUUUACUGCUUGGUUAUAAGAGCAGGACCAGCGUUAGUUUACAAAUAGGUUGUUAUUUUGGUAGGGAUGGUUUUAGUAUAAAAUAUAUAAAUUGCAGAGAACACAUCAACACACUCUGGCUCUACUACUAGAAACUCCAAGGAUAGUAAAAUACCAAGGGGGUAAAUCCAAGGGUGUUUUCUAUUCAGAUUCUAUAUCAUGUUGCUUAAUGAAGUACAUUUAAUCUCUGAUAUUAGUGAAAAAAAAAAUUUAAUUAAAAAAAUCAUAUUUUGGUUACAUUUUGCUUUUUACUUUCUCCCCCUAUACAAAUCUCGGAUAUGGAGAAAGUAUUGUUUUCGUAAAAAUUUUCGAGUUUGAGUUUUGAGUGGAUAUAUCAGUUUUGGGUCCUCCUGAACCCAAAAAAGUGGUUUUCGAAGUGAUGUCUGUGUGUGUCUGUCUGUAUUGUGUGGAUGUGUACAGAGCUACAGACCACCCCUGUUGUCCGAUAUUGAUGAAAUGUGGUAUGUUUGCACUAAUCCAUGGUAUCUCCAGGUGUUUUUUUCAUUUUUUUACAUUUUGAUUUUUAAUGGUAAUUUUCCCAUAAAAUAACGGAAAAAUCGGAACUUCUCAAAAAAUGGCCAGAACAAUUUUUAUGUACUGUGCUAUUGUCCUUUAAAUUCUUAACAAAAUGGUACAAAACACAUUUCUGUAAAAAUUAUGGUUCAAAAGUUAUUGUAACUUAUGUUAUUUUCUCAUUAAAAACCCCAUAAAAUAACAAAAAUCUGAUUUUAGGAAAAAAACUGGUUUUGAUUCAAAUAAUUUAAUUAAUUAAUUAUAGUCCUUAUAAUUUCAAACAAAAUAGAGCAACCCCCCAUUGCGGGUAAACAAUUAUUACUGCUAAAAAAUUAUCGCACCUUUUGUGAUUUUCUCUUUAAAAUAUCAUAGUUUUACUCCCACCGCUUACCCAUGAUAAAGGUUGUUGACAAGCCAAUGGGAGAAAGUAUGUGUCAGAUUGCUAAUCCCAUUUAUUUAAAUAUAUUUGAUAAAUUUUAUAAUCCAUGUAUUUAUAAAUUAAAUAUUAACAUUUAAUAUAAAUGUCACUAAAUUUAAAUGCACACUGGUAAACACUAACUUGUGCCUGUAGUAACUUAUGUUGGUUUGUGAUGUUGAAUGAAACUCCAAUAUUAUAUCCAAGCCCAAGCAUACUUAAUACAUUUUCAAAUGUAUCACUUUUUGUACACAGACUCUUUUCUUGAAUGUAAUAUAGUUGCACUAGUUAUAGUUUUAUACUUUUAAAAAUAUAAAUGUUAUAUUUAAA